AUGCCCAACUUGCACAACUCCUUGAUCCUCGCAGCCUAUAUUGUCAUCUUCUUCAUCGGUCUCCCUGCCAACCUCCUGGCCCUGCGGGCCUUCGUGGGGCGGGUCCGCCAGCCUGACCCUGCCCCCAUCCACAUCCUCCUGCUCAGCCUGACGCUGGCGGACCUCCUGCUGCUGCUGCUGCUGCCCUUUAAGAUCAUCGAGGCGGCGUCUGACUUCCGCUGGUAUCUGCCCAAGCUGGUCUGCGCCCUCAUGGGCUUCGGCUUCUACAGCAGCACCUACUGCAGCACGUGGCUGCUGGCGGGCAUCAGCCUGGAGCGCUACCUGGGAGUGGCCUUCCCCGUGCGGUACAAGCUGUCCCGCCGGCCCCUGUACGGGGUCAUUGCUGUGCUGGUCGCCUGGACCUUGUCGUUUGGUCACUGCACCGUCGUGAUCGUCGUUCAGUACUUGAACUCAACCCAGAGGGCCACAGAUGUGAGCGAGACUACCUGCUAUGUGAACUUCACCCGAGAGCAGCUGCGCCUGGUGCUUCCCGUGCGGCUGGAGCUGUGCCUCGUCCUCUUCUUCAUCCCCAUGGUGGUCACCAUCUUCUGCUACUGGCGCUUUGUGUGGAUCAUGCUCACCCAGCCCCACGUGGGGGCCCAGAGGCGGCGCCGAGCGGUGGGGCUGGCUGUCGUUUCGCUCCUUAAUUUCCUGGUGUGCUUCGGGCCCUAUAACAUCUCCCACCUGGUGGGGUUUCACACGAAGGAAAGCCCCAAAUGGCGGGCGGAAGCUGUGGUAUUCAGUUCCCUCAAUGCCGGUCUGGACCCUCUGCUUUUCUAUUUCUCUUCUUCGGUCGUGCGCAGGACCUUUGGGAAAGGGCUGCAGGCACUGCGGCAUCAGGGCUCCUCCCUGCUGGGAUGCAGAGGCAGGCAGACAGCGGAGGUGGCGGUGGCGAAUGGGGACAGGGGUGUGAGUCAAGCAGAAGGAGGGCCAAGUUCUGACUUCACCACGGACUAGGGAUGUCCCUGGAUGAGUUGAGCAGGACAGGAGAGGGAGAGCGUGAGGGUUCCUGUCUCAGAUUCAGGAAUCCUCAGACCCAAUCUGAUGCUGGGACUGUCAAAAUCUGUCUCACUGGUUUGGUAUCCCUUCCUGUCUGAAUUUUCCUUCCCAAAGGAACACAGCUCCAUGACUAAAGAAGAAAAUGGUUGGGCCUAGAAGCACUAUCAGACCAGAGUUUCAGAAGCAAUGUAGGUAAUACAAAUUCAGUCCUUGUGAGGUGGUCAGGAACUGAAGGAGAGAGUUCUAACGCAAUCUUUUGAAACACCACCCACACACUGGCCUAGCCGUUGGUGCUGGAAAGAAGCCAAUGGGAAACAGAUGGAAGAGAAAUAGAAAAUGAGGUCAAAGAAGAUGUAGGAAGGUUGUGAACCAAGGGGACUAGGAGAGAGGACUGGGGCUCAGACCUCUAAUGAUCUAGGUGUGGACGGUGUCCAUCUGACCCGCUGCUUUGUAAGUAUGAUCCAGUCGUCACCGUGUGUGUGUGUGUGUUUUGUCUCCCCCAUUAAUCUGGGAGCCACCUGAGGUCUGGGUCUUAUCUUCUCCCUCCAUGGCGCCACCCACAGGUCAGAAUCCAGCUUGGCACCCAUCAGUUAGAGGUCAACACUGACUAGCACAGGAAAAGACAGUCUGGGGUGGCAGAUUGAAAAUAAAGAUUAUAAAACUCUGAAGAGAGCGUCCACAAUUUUUGUAACAUUUUUGCAAGCACAAGGAGGGCAAAAAUGGGAUAGAGAACCAGACCCAGCAGCAAAGGGAGAGGACGGUGCAUCUGAAACCACAGAAAUAUGUUAAGAUAAAGACGUGGGGUAAGUGAGUCAUGGAGUGAGUACUGAUGGACUCCUGUUUAGACUGAUGAAUAGAGACUGGACUCAGAAAGAGGAUGAGGUGAGUCCUGGCUCAAAGCUAUCAAUGUAUCACAGGGGCUUAAAACAUUUUACCUUCCCACUUAGAAACCUGCAGAGUUUUCCUAUCAUCAAAAGUUUUCCUCCCAAGAACUCAAAUCGUAUCAUCUCACUGCCUGCUUUGUAUCCUCUCCUCCUUCCCAGUUCCACCUGCCUAACUCAUUUCUCCGCAGUAAGCACCCCUCGACCGCACUCUCUACUUAGCAGGCCCUCCAGCACCUACCCUAGUGGUUUGCACCAGAGGCUACACAUCAGAAUAUCACACAGACGUAAAAAAAUAAUACAGAUGGCCACCCUAACCCUACUGACUUGGAAUCUCUGAGGGUGCCGCCCAGCAGAUGAGCUUUAAAAAGCAGCCCACGUGAUUAUGCUAGGCAGCUGAGGUCAGGAAUCACCAGCCUAGUUCAGGGGCCCAAACUGUCCAAGGAAUUAUUCUUCAGAGACCUUCCCUGCUUGUAAUCCCCCCUCACCUAAACCCCACAUGGCUCCAUCUUCCGAUUGCUUACUUUUUCCCCUCUUGCAAAACGCCACUCAAUAGUCACUUUCUCCAGAAAGGCUUCCUUCCUUACUCCCACUCAACCGAGAGCUCAUUUUCUGUUUCCCUUCCUCAAAACAACACCGGACUGGUGUCUUAAGAGCUCUGAGUUCAGUGUUGAUUACUAACUGGAUGACCUUGAGCAAGUCACAACCUCCAGCCUCCAUUUCCAAACCAAACUAAUGAGGAUACUGCAUGCCUCUCAGGGUUAUUCUGAGAAGUCAAAUGAGACUGCAUAGAUUAAAUUGCUGAGAAAUUACAGUGGUAUUUAGCUGUAAGAUAUCAACCCAUCUGAACACAGACGUACUCCCACUUAAAAGAAACGUAGUAAGUAGAAAUUUUAAAUAAUGGAAAUAACAUACUAGAUGGUCAACUACAUAGGAUGGUUUGACAGUAAUGUAUAAAAAAAAAUCUGUGAUUUUCAGCUGACUGUGAGCUUCCUAUGCAUCUGUGAUAUAUUACACCUUCCCCCCAAAAAAGCUGAUUUGAUUUUGGGGGGCAUUAAAAGAAACAGAGUGCAAACAA